AAAGCUUGGAACCUCUCCGACAUCGAGGCCGAAACCGUGCAUAGUCAGCCCGCCCGCGGACUGUAUUAGGCAGCAGCCCACUUGGUCUACAGCACAGCAGCAGCUGUGCCACGGACCACUACCGUCCAGCUCUCGCAGAGUCCCUCCCCAGCCCAGGCUGCCCAGGCUGCCCAGGCUGCCCACCAUGUCGUCCUGGAUGAAAACUCUGCAGAGUGGCGCGAACAAAGUAGGGAACGAAGCCGCCAAGCUCAAGCUCUACGCCGAGAUCUCGUUACUGAAGGGCGACAUCAAGUCGCUGAAGGAGGCCUGGGGCGUGACCUGUUUUGAUCUGUACUCCCAGGGCGACGCGAACGGCGUGAAUGCCUCGCACGCGAAGCAGCUCGUCAAAAUAAGGGAGAAGGAAGCGAAGGUCCAGGCGAAGAUCGUCGAGCUCAACAAGCUCAAAGCUCCCAAGGAGCCGGUCGUCGUCGAUUCGACUCCGAUUGCUGUCCCGAUUGCCGAAGUGCCGCCGCCCACCCAGACCAUGGCCGUGCCGGUGCCGCCCGACGCAUCACCGGGGCAGCAAAUUGCAGUGGUGCUGCCCGACGGCAAGACCGUCCAGGCCGUCGUCCCGCCGAACGCGACGCCGGGCACCGUGUUCCACAUCCAAGUAUAAAUGUUUUUGAAGUC